GACCGCAGAGUUGCUCCAGCACAAUGGCCAUCUGCUUACAACGAUGCCAGAAGAGCGAUACAGUACAUACGGUACCACGCAAAGGAGUUUAAUAUCGACCCCUCCCGAGUGGGCGUGCUAGGGUUUUCCGCUGGAGGUCAUCUGGCUGCUACAUUGAGUAAUCUGUAUACCAUGACAAGCACUGAAGCAGGCGAUGACAUCGAAAAGAUGUCCGCGCGUCCUGAUCUGAGCAUACUCGCCUAUCCGGUGAUCAGUGGCGGAGAGUUUACGCAUCAACAAUCGCUGCACCUCCAAAUGGGCGAGCCCAUGACUGAGGACAAGAGAAGACAGUUCUCAAUGGAGCUCCAAAUCCACAAGGACACUCCCAAGACGUUCCUAUGGCACACAGCCGAGGACCAGACCGUGCCGGUGCAGAACACGUACCUGUACGCAAUGGCGUUACAGAAAUACGGCAUUCCCCACGAAGUGCAUGUGUACCCCGAGGGACCACAUGGCCUGGGAUUGGCCAUGUUAGGCGAGAAGCGACUGCCGCAUGUUGCCACUUGGGCACAGGCGUGUGCGGCAUGGCUCGCCAAAGAGGGCUUCUAAUGGCGGUGCAGGGUUAUGUAUACGUGUACAUGUGGCUGUAUGCGGAGAUAUGCGUACCGUUCAAGCCAUGUCCGUGGCAUGGGAAGGGACUAGAAGUGUUAGUAGCGCGUAUGGUAGCCGUUGAAACGGUUUGCAGAGCCGCGUCUGCCUCCACGUGGUCGAUUUUGCUCACCAGCGAAGUCCCUCGGGUGGUGAAGAAUCGUCCAGGAUGUUGGCAUCUCUACCGUUGGCGUGCUAUAGUUUUGGCAGGCCAGUGGCAGCCUGACAGAGCGAGAAGAGCACGUAGGAAUCAGCCGAGUGUC